AUGCUUCCUCUCAGACAGAUUGGCUCUCGAGCCGUAAGGCGCUCUGCAUUCGGAGCAGCACAUCGCGUAUCGUUGAAUGCGGCUCUGGUGUCCUCGAGACAUCUUUCUGCAACCGCAGCCCGACUUCAGCAGUUCAACGUCCAAAUUGUCAAGGAUGGCGUACAGGUGAACGGAUUGACGGACCGCGCUGCCCGUGGAUCGACUCUACAAGUCGGUGUCCGAACGACCGAGUUGAAAUCAGUUACCGAGAGAAGACGUCAACUAACAACGUUGUCUCACAUCCAGCCCGCACUUUUGGUUGAGGAUACCACGCAAAGGAACUUCAACACAUACGCCAUUAGCGAGGAUAUCCGUCCAUCGGACAUCAAGUCAGAAGAGCAGGGCAUUAGAGUAAAAUGGGAGCAAGACGGCCAUCAGAGCUUCUACCCCUGGCAAUUCAUCAAGCACUACUUGCAGAAUGACCACCGCACGCCAGAACAGGUCAACUACCAUUACUGGGGCUCCGACAUUGCCAACAAACGUCCCGCCGUUGACUACAAUCACGUAAUGGCCUCAGGAGAUGAUUCCGGGGUCGCCAAGUUGACAAACGCCAUCCGUGAAUAUGGUUUCGUCUUCGUCGACGGCACCCCCUUUGAGACUCCCGAACCCACGCAGCGCGUCCUGGAGAAGAUUGCUUUCAUCCGCGAAACGCACUACGGCGGCUUCUACGACUUCAUUCCUGACCUCGCUAUGGCGGACACUGCCUAUACUAACAUCGCUCUCCCUGCGCAUACUGACACCACAUACUUCACCGACCCCGCGGGCCUACAGGCUUUCCACAUGCUCUCGCAUGAAGCCCCUCCGUCCCAGCAAGCCCCCAAAGAUGGCAAGCUCGGAGGAGAGUCACUCCUCGUCGACGCAUUCUACGCUGCCAAGAUCCUGAAGAAGGAAGACCCCAAGGCGUAUGAGAUCCUCUCCAAGGUGCGACUGCCCUGGCACGCGAGUGGUAACCAAGGUAUCACUAUCUCGCCCGACAAGAGGUAUCCCGUGCUCGAGCUUGAUCAGGAGACGGGUGAGCUGCACCGGGUCCGGUGGAACAACGACGACCGUGGUGUCGUGCCGUUUACCAAGGACGUUUCUCCAACAGAGUGGUACGCAGCUGCUCGCAAGUGGGAUGCCAUCCUGCGUAGAUCUGACGUUGAGUACUGGGUACAAUUAAAGCCAGGUCAAGUUUUGAUUUUUGAUAAUUGGCGGGUGAUGCAUGGUCGGAGUGCUUUUGAGGGAAGGAGACGCAUUUGCGGUGCCUACAUCAACCGAGAUGACUUCAUCUCGCGCUGGAGAAACACCAACUUUCCCCGCGAGCACGUGUUGAACCAGGUUGUUGGUUAA